AUGUCUCACGAGGAGGAUCUCAUUGACUACUCCGACGAGGAGCUUCCCACCACCGACGCGGCCGCGACCACCGCUGCUCCUGCCGCCAAUGGAGAGGCCAAGAAGGGCGAUCUGACUGUUUCUGGCGGCCGCUCCGACAAGAAGGGCAGCUAUGUCGGUAUCCACUCGACCGGUUUCCGUGACUUCCUGCUGAAGGAAGAGCUUUUGCGUGCCAUCACCGACUGCGGUUUCGAACAUCCAUCGGAGGUCCAGCAAGUUUGCAUUCCCACCGCCAUCUUGAACGUCGAUGUUCUGUGCCAGGCCAAGUCUGGUCUCGGUAAGACCGCAGUCUUCGUCCUCACCACAUUGCACCAGCUGGAGCCUGUUCCGGGAGAGUGCUCGAUCCUCGUUAUGUGCCACACCCGUGAGUUGGCCUACCAGAUCAAGAACGAGUAUGCUCGUUUCAGCAAGUACCUUCCCGACGUCCGCACCGCCGUCUUCUACGGUGGUACUCCCAUCCAGAAGGAUCUCGAGGUUCUGGCGAACAAGGAGUCUUACCCCAACAUUGUCGUCGGUACUCCCGGUCGUCUGAACGCUUUGGUCCGCGAUAAGAAGCUGUCUCUGCGCAAUGUCAAGGCUUUCGUUCUUGACGAGUGUGACAAGAUGCUUGACCAGAUUGACAUGCGCCGUGAUGUCCAGGAGAUCUUCCGUGCUACCCCCGCCGAUAAGCAGGUUAUGAUGUUCAGUGCCACCCUCUCUCAGGAGAUCCGGCCCGUCUGCAAGAAGUUCAUGCGCAACCCUCUCGAGGUCUACGUCGACGAUGACACCAAGCUCACUCUUCACGGUCUUCAGCAAUACUACAUCAAGCUCAGCGAGGCGGAGAAGAACCGUAAGCUGAACGACCUUUUGGAUAGCUUGGAGUUCAACCAGGUUAUUAUCUUCGUCAAGAGCACGCUCCGUGCUCAAGAGCUCGACAAGCUGUUGCGCGAGUGCAACUUCCCCAGUAUCGCAGUUCACUCCGGAGUGAGCCAGGAGGAGCGUAUCAAACGCUACAAAGAGUUCAAGGAGUUCAACAAGCGUAUCUGUGUCGCGACUGACGUUUUCGGUCGUGGUAUCGAUAUUGAGCGUAUCAACCUCGCUAUCAACUACGAUUUGCCCGGUGAUGCCGACUCCUAUCUCCACCGUGUCGGUCGUGCUGGUCGUUUCGGUACGAAGGGUCUGUCCAUCUCCUUUGUCAGCACCGAGGACGACGAGAAGGUUCUCAAGGACAUUGAGAAGCGCUUCGAAGUUGCCCUUCCCGAAUACCCCGAGGGCGGUGUUGACUCCAGCACCUACAUGGCUUAGACCAGUGGUGGUUGAAGCCACGGGCCGUUGAAUACGAUCAAGCUAUUUCCUUUAUAUCUCGUCGUUAGUUUUUAUUAUUUCCUUUUGGCGUGAUGGUUCGGUUACAUUUUCCUCGCUCUCCGGCGAGGCACUGGUUGGAUUAUGCCGGGAAACACCAGAGACAUCUAGGCAGAAAAGCAUACUGAGUCAUAAGCAAGCAACUACCGGAUACCAGUGCCUUUUAGCAUGACAGCUGUAUUAUCAAUGUAUGUUUGAGUGGG